UCAUUUCAUUUGACAUAUUGACAUUCAGCUGAAAAUAAAAAAUGGUGCAAAAAGUAUAAAAUAUUCUGUCUGGGAACUGCGGUGCAAAAAUUGUAAACGCAAAAAUCUUAUUUAAAACGCAUUUAACAACUUUUCUGCAAUACUAAUCUAAGAAUGUUUGCAAAAACUUUUUCUAAUGUGUUCAUGCGAAAUACUUGCGUGGUGAAAAACACGCAGUCUCUGCGCAAUUUUUCAGUAACGUCAGUAAAGAAUGAUAUUGUGAAAAUUCAGAGCACCGAUGAUUUCAAAGAAAAAGUCCUACACAGCAAGGUGCCAGUGGUCGUAGAUUUCUUUGCUACGUGGUGUAAUCCAUGUAGAUUAUUGACUCCUAGACUAGAGUCAAUUAUUUCUGAGAGCAAAGGAAAAGUUAUUUUAGCUAAAGUUGACAUUGAUGAACAGUCAGACUUAGCUCUAGAUUACGAAGUGAGCUCUGUUCCCGUACUAGUUGCUAUUAAAAAUGGUAAAGUACAGCAACGUCUAGUUGGCCUGCAAGAUACAGACAAGCUGCGCAAAUGGAUUGAACAAUUUUCCACAGAGGAAAGCAAAGAAGAAUUAAAGGCUUGAACUGGCUAGCAUCAUGGGUGAAAUUAAAUUAUCUUUGUUACCGAUAUGUAGUUACAGAAAAUAAAUUAAACAACAGUUGUAUUAUUGCA